UAUAAAAGUAAAACGACAUUAUUAAAGUUAAAUAAAAAGUGAGUAACAAAACCCACGGUUAGGAGAUUUACCCAUGUACAUAUGUAGGAUUGUAGUUUUCGUAUUGGAAUUCGUAUCCUGCGCACAGAAUGAGAGUUCAUCCUCGUCGGCACCGCUAUCGUCGGCGUCGUCGUUGUCGCCGCUAUCUUGCCAUUUGCCGUCGCUAUUGAGACAUAUGUAUUUGCCAACUUGGCAUUCAUUCGUAAACGUUCAUUCGCCAGAGGCACGACAAAUUAUCCAAUUCGAACGGUUGUUGCGGCGGUUUGCGUUGUCGACUGCCAACAGCAUUGAUUAUCGCUGUCGUCAUCGUGGACGUCACAGUCGUUGUUUUCGACGCGGUUCCUGUCAUCGGUAGCGCCGCGACCGCUGCCGCUGCCACCACACAUACGCAUUGUUGGCGUUCAUUUUGUUGCCUUCAUCAUUUUUGUGGUUAUUGUCGACGCAACAUAUCGUUGUUGUUUUGUUUUAUUUUCACAACCAUACUCUGAUCUGUACUGGUAAAUAUGUUACUAUUGUUGUAGCUACAUAUGUACAUCAGUGCGGUGUCCUUUGUCUGUGGCUUUGAAUAUGUGUGUGUACACGUAUCUGUGUGUUUGCUUUCAUCCCCUGCUGUUUGCGGAUACGAGAUGCAGAUAGUCAUCACAACGAGAUACGCUGAUGCUACCACCAACCAUUGACGAGCAAAAGUGCCGUUGCUGUUGCCGUUACCGUUUCCCUGUAGGCUUUUCCCAUCCACAAGCACACACAUAACUAACGUUAUUAUUUAGUCAUCAUCCACACCAUCCUCAUCGAACACAUCCCGGUCCAUCCCCUCGUUAACCACUGUGGCGCGCAUUCAAGCGAGUCGCCGAGUGAACAAACACAUCCCAAUUCGAACAUCCGUCGCAACAUCCCAACCGAGCCAUUCAAAUAUCAAACAAAAAAAACAUUUAUUCGUUCUGUCUGUCCGUAUCCGUGUCCGUGUCCGUGUCAGUGCUCGCAUCCGUUAGCUUCACUUCACUUUGCUUUGGUUUAGUCUUGCGGAGACAACCGGCAGACAGACAACAUACACAAAACACUCAACGCUCGCAGGCUCUCAUUUCGAUUUCGACUUUGCAUUCGCCUUUGACGAGUCUGACUGACUGACUUCGGCAAAUCGAUUACAUAUUCAAGCGCUUCGGUCUGUGAUUUUUUAAGCGGUGCUUGACGCGCAUUUUCGCUGAUUGAUGUCCGCAUCAGCGUGAAAAAGUGUAUAAAUCGUUUUAGUGUUUUCGUGUAGUAUGACUUAAUUGUGGAAUUUUCUUUCACUAGAAAGUGUAAAUUUUAGUGCUGAAUUCUGUAGAAACUGUAUGGAUGAAAGUGUCAAUUAAGAAAACUGGAUAAAUAAAAGCUGCUGCUGCUGAGCUGGUCUGCCUCUACGCGAACGAUACUAUAAUUUCAAGCCAAAUUUAUUUAUUCAUACAUAUUACACAGUAAAAGCAAGACUUCAGGAAUAUAGUGUGAAUUUAAGCAACCUAAAUAUGCCCAAAUUUAACCGCUCAAACACAAAUACCGACGGAAAGUGUAAAGUUCGUUUGGGGCAAACAAAUUUAUGAGUUCGAAAGAUUUAGUAUAAAAACAAAAAAUAACUGAAAUUCUUGGACUGCGCUUUGCCGGCUUUAAUAUGAUGUUCGACCGCUGCGCUGUAUCAGGCAAUAACGGUGACGAGUACGAAUCGGCAGCCUUGCGACAUCUCAACUUCGCGUCAUUCUCCACGCACUCCAACCAUCUUAGUCACGAUACCCCACAUCAGCUUCCGCAUCGUCAUCACCAUCAAACACACCUGCCAACAACAGCACCGCUGACAGUGACCGAAGCGCAGCCAACGCUGAAUUACGAGCGUGGCGAACACAAGCGGAACAGCGGUGAGGACAACAAUACCAGCGCCAUCACGCACAACGGGCAUAACGGCGCACCCUACGACUUGGAACAAACUGGGCUGUAUGUCCCGACCGCAUUUAGCAAUCAUCGCCAACAGCAGCACCACAGCAACAAUAACAAACAGGACAUUAACAUACAACAACACCAUCUGUCCACCCAAUCCACAGCAUCGGCUACAUCAACACCCGCCUCAGCGUCCGCUUCAGCGCAUCAAAUGGAGCGUUUCUUUGGUAGUAAAGCGCACGCGGAAGGCUUCUUCACGCAGCUGGCGCGUCUACAAGGGCUCGACAAUCCCAUGUGCGGUUUGGACAUACGCGAACGGGGCGUUUAUGCCAAAGUGCCGCUCUGCCGUGGUACGCGAUAUGGGCCGUUUGAGGUGAAGCUCUGCAGCGAACCGACAGCGCCGAGUCUUGCUUGGGAGGUGAUUGUUCGCCCACACUUCCGCGGCUGGCUGGAACCUUCGCAUGAUGUGAAGACGUGGCUGCGCAAAAUACGCGCAGUCGACGGAGAUGGAGAGGCUAAUCUAAAGAAUUUCCUUUUGGCAGGAUAUGUGAGUGAAAUAUUCUUUUGGCAAUCAACAGGAAUAAUUUUUAAUUACUUCAUAAAUCUUUGGUAUGAAACAAAUCGUGAUAUAAAUGCCGGCGAAGAAAUAACCAUCGAUGGCCGGCCGCGUACACCAAUACACCUCAGCGAUGGCUUUGUCAAUGGAGCGGAUGCGGGCGCGUUAUGUGCCACGAGUGGAUCACUGCAUGGGGAUGAUAAGAGCGAGCGUGAUAAUGGAUCUCUCUAUAGUGGCGGCAAUACCACCGGCGACGACGAAUAUAACAAGCAGCGUUCGUUCGGCGAACAUUUGGAUGGUAUUGAUUUGUCCGACGACGAAAACGGUUUCGAUAUACGUUGUGAAGUUUGUGAUAAAACCUUUCAGGAUUUGGAAAUUUUGGAUCAUCAUUUGGUAGCCAAACAUUCAUUUCGAAAAGACGAUUUCGCUUGCGAAUUGUGUAGCAAACCAUUUUGUCAUCGUCCUUUAUUGCUGAAGCAUCGCGCCUUAGUACAUAACGAUAUUCGAAAAUAUCCAUGUGAAAAUUGUCCAAAGGUAUUUUGUGAUCCAUCGAAUUUACAACGGCAUAUUCGUGCGAACCACAUCGGUGCCAGAAGUCACGCGUGUCCGGAGUGCGGAAAAACAUUUGCGACAUCGUCCGGCCUAAAGCAGCACACGCACAUCCACUCGUCGGUGAAGCCAUUCCAGUGUGAGGUGUGCUACAAAGCGUAUACGCAAUUCUCGAAUUUAUGCCGUCACAAGCGCAUGCACGCCGACUGUCGCACGCAAAUCAAAUGCGAUAAGUGCGGUCAGAGCUUCAGCACGGGGACAUCGCUAACAAAACAUAGACGAUUUUGUGACUCCACCAACGUACCGCUGCCAAUGCAACCCUUGACUGCUGCAUCUGUCACAUCCGGAGUAACUUUGCCGCCACACCUGCAGUCACCGCAGCAGCAAGCCAUGCAGUCACGUGUCGCAGCAUUGCAGUCAGUUAAUGCCGCGGUGGCUGCCGCAGCGGGAAAUGUCAAUGUUCCGGGUGGUGCACUACCAGCCUCCGGUAUGCCGGGACCAGCCCACCCAUUCCUGCUAUUUCCCACGCAGCCAUUCUUUUCGAGUUUCCCAGUGGCAGCUGCAGCCUACGGCUUUCAAAAUAUGUUUCCCAGCCCAGCACAGGCGUUCCUGUUUCCGAAAACGAAUUUGGAUAUGCGAAUGCCGAGCCUGCAGCCGACAGGCAAUCACAAUGCAGCUGGCAGUUUACCAUCGCCGAAUGCCAUGCGCCUAAACCAGCAACUCAAUUUUGGUUUCGUAGAGAAUGCGCGUGCGGAUAAUGUGUCACCUUCUAGUGAGCACAGUCAGAAGCAGUCGAAUAGUUGCAACAAGGCUGAGGGAGAUCAAGCGACGGAUCCUGAAGAGGAUCAAAAAGCAGCAAUGCCACUUGCGCUUACACUCGCCUGCUCGUCGCCUAAUUUCAUCAAGCAACUAAGCUGCUCACCUCGCAACCAGAGUGAUGACGAAAACAGCUCGUCUUCUUUGGAGCUAAAAGUUUUACCAAACGAAGAUGUGGACGUGCAAGAAGAGACGCCUUCGUUUAAGACCAACAAUUGCAAGCAAGCGGAAGAUGAUAAGAAAUCAAUCGACGUUAUCAGCACGCCACCACCUGCAGAGGCAUUCGAUGAGGAAAGCAAACCCACAACGAGCAGCGUCGAAAUGCCACUCGACUUGAGUAUUAGCCGCAAUCGCGCGCGCGCCGCUAGUUGUAGUCCUACCGCUGAUACUCAGUCGGUACACAGUGAUGGCGCCAACCAGACUACGACGAGCGAGCGUAAUUUUGACCCGGAGCUGCGGGAAUCGAACUCAGCGGGUGCCGACAGCAAUGGCGUUACACCAAAUAAACAACAACGUCUCUCCCAUAAAUCAGAACGAAUUUCCUUUUUUAGAAGCCCCAGACGCAAGUACAAAGUUCCACCUGGGCCUACUCCUUCACCUUCGCCCCCGAGCAACGAACCGCUCAGCUACUUGAAUGCACCAGAAGAAGAAUUGUCACCAUCCAACACCGCGACCGGUAUCUCCUGCCCUCAACCAAAGCAUCCUUAUCCACUACUCCUCGAGGAGAUCUAUCGUUCACGUGCGCUGAGCGCUGCAUUCCCAAGGCCGUUUCCUUUUUUAGGGGCAAUGGGCGGACGGCCAGCCUAUGAGGGUGCACUGCAUCGCGUUGGCAUGCCGUUUCCGCCCGAACCGGCUUUUCGUGAAGCGAUUCGUGCUGCCGGCCUCACAAGCAGCAUGUUGGCUACAACCUCAGGUAAAAUCAAAGAACGAUACACAUGCAAGUUCUGCGGCAAGGUAUUUCCACGUUCGGCCAAUUUGACGCGCCAUCUACGCACGCACACCGGUGAACAGCCAUAUACCUGCAAGUAUUGCGAUCGCGCCUUUAGCAUUUCAUCAAAUCUACAACGGCAUGUACGUAACAUACACAACAAGGAGCGGCCGUUCCGUUGUCACCUCUGCGACCGUUGUUUCGGUCAACAAACGAAUCUCGAUAGACAUCUGAAGAAACACGAGGCGGACACCAGUGGGCUGGGUAUUGGUGUUGGCGAUUCGCCUUCGUCAAUUGAAGCGGAUCGAGAGGACUCUUACUUUGAUGAGAUACGCUCCUUCAUGGGACAAGUGACCUACAAAGAAGACUUGUACACGCCCACAAGUAUUGGUGUCGCAGAAAAUGAUGUCGAAUAUGCGGGCAGUGAUAUGGAAGCCGAGUUGUCCGUCUCGCGUUCGUCAUCAGUAGAUGCUUUAGCUGGAGGUGGUGGUGGGAAUGGUAGUGGUAGUGGAGAGGAGCGAGUCACGAUGAAGAAGGAGUCUACGGGGUCUAUGACUACAAAAGGCAACAAUAAAACGAUCGAAGUAGGCUCGUAAGCAUUCACUGAUAGUGAAGGAUGGGAAGCUAGAUAAGUGGAAUAAUUUCUGUCCGAAUUACAAAGUUUGCUGUGAGAAAGUCGACUAUGAUCGGCAAAAACUUCGUAAAACAGCUGCGCUGAGCUCUAACGCAGUCUUCAAUGAUAUCAAUAGUGAUAUAUGUACAUAUGUGCACAACUGUGAGCACAUGCUUGUGGAUUAGUAUAGAGCAUUUAUGGAAAUACAUACACAUAUAAACCUAUACCUAUAUGU